GCCGCCCCUGUGUGGCAUUCAUUCAUUCGACGCGGUGGGGAAGUCAUCAUGGGUGUCUUCCAGAUCCUGAUGAAGAAGAAGGAGCUCAUUCCUUUGGCAGUCAUCAUAAGUGUGGCUGCGGGUGGAGCCUCGUCUUUUGCUGUGUAUUCGCUGAGAAACAAAACCGACGUGAUUAUUGACCGGAAAAAAAAUCCAGAACCUUGGGAAACUGUGGACCCUAGUGUACCUCAAAAGGUAUUGACAAUAUAUAUAUAUAUAUAUAUUUUUUUUUUUGCCAGUCCUG